GGGGGAAAGGGAGGUGGCGGAGGGGGAGGGAUAAUAACUGAGUAAGGAUGCCACUGGGGAAGUACUACUGCGACUACUGCGAGAAGCAGUUCCAGGACACGCCCUCCGCCCGGAAGCGCCACCUCCAGGGCGCCACCCACCUCCGCGCCCGCGCCCUCUGGUUCGACUCCCUCAAAGUCGCGGAGACGACGCACGGGAGCGCCUCUCUUCCGCUUCUCCGUCGUCCUCCCGAUGGGACCUUCGCUGCUGCUGCUGCUGCUGCUCAAGGGGUCUGCCGCCACUUCGUGCGCACAGGGGUUUGUAGAUACGGAGACUCGUGCAAAUAUUAUCAUCCGAAGCCGGAAUUUGUGAACCAAGCCGCAGCCGCAGCCGCAGCCGCAGCCACAGCCGCGUCAGCAGGGCUUGGCGUUGCCGAGGGAGUGCAGGCACCCAAUUUUUUCGGUAAUCCACUGACCGGAGGCAGCUCUUUUUCGGGAGAAAUGGCAAGGGAUAAAAUGGCAUUGUGGGGCCACUUACCUCCAUCACUCCAACCUCCUCCGGAUGGAGGUUAUCCACCCCUUCCAUUUGUCGACUGGGGUUAGAUAUUUGUGUGAACAUGUGUUAGAUCACUUAUCACGUUUACUGGUAGAAUGAUGUGAACAUAUUCCGAUUUGGUUUAUGUAAUGGAAGUUUAUGAAAGAAACAUUUACGUUAUAAGAUUCAAUCAAGUUGAAAAUGCAACUGCAAUACUAAUUGAAAGAA